AUGAAUGUUGGCCACGCUGUAUAUCUCUUACUUUAUAUUCUCCACACAUCGUGCGUGUUUGCCAAGGAUUGGUCGUCGUUGGCUUUUCAAGUUGACAGAUCAACAUCACGCACGUUGACUGACAGCAAGGGUAACCCUGUCUUCUGGCAAGCUGAUACCGCAUGGGAGAUAUUCCAUCGUCUGAACUGCCCAGAAGUCGAGUAUUACUUGGCUGAUCGCGCUGCCAAAAAUUUCAAUGUUAUCUACGGCACGAUUCUCGCGGAAGAGGAUGGCCUCACUGUGCCCAACCAGAAUGGGGAUCUUCCAUUCAUAGACUACGACCCCACAAAGCCCAAUGAACCCUACUUUGAGUGGAUUGAUACGGUAAUCGAAAUGUCUGGAAAGUAUGGGAUCACAAUCGCACUAGCACCGACAUGGGGAAGAUGGGUCAAUGAAGGCUGGCAUGGGUCACCAGUGGUGCUGAACACGUCCAAUGCAGCCGAAUUCGGAAACUACGUUGGACAGAGAUACGCUGGCCUUCCAAAGAUAAUUGGCGGUGAUAGUAACAGAUGGUGGUUUCAUAAGCAGGGAAUACCCUCGCAAGCAAAGGACAAACCUUUGAAGAUCAUCGAUUCAGGGCCCGUAUUUAAUGAGCUUGCGCAUGCCAUCCACGACGCCGAAGCACGCGUGCUCCGAGGCCACGGUAUCCACCCUUUCAUGACCUACCAUGGAACAAACGUGUGGUUUUCGGCUUUCCCAGAUAGCACAGCUUCGGCCAUGUAUGGCAAUCAAACAUGGUUGUCAAUGGAUGGCGUGCAGACGGGCCACAGCGACAUCAAUAGUUCCCAGUCAAAUUCCUUCUACGGUUUGGACUAUAUGCAUCAAUGGGUACCCAUAGCGAACCAAGUCGCGGUCAAGGAAAUGUAUAACAGAACGCCAGUCCGUCCCGUCAUGGACCUGGAGAAUCACUACGAGUACUGGAACUCUUCUAUCAGCAUAAAUGAGGAUGGCAGCUAUCGUUGGAACUCGUCCUUUGUCCGCAAUGGUGCAUGGCAUGCUCUCUAUGCCGGUAGUGCCGGCAUCACUUAUGGCGAACAAGCUGUCUGGCGGUUUGCCAAUCCAGCACGAUUCAAUGCCGCGGUCGGUCUCAAUGAGACAUGGUUGAAAGGUAUGGAAAGACCUGCAAGCGGGCAGAUGAAAUAUUUGAGGUCAUUCGUGGAGCAGCAUCUAGGCACGCAUCGGCUUCCCGACCAAAGCCUCCUCACGACUUCUCCUAGAACCGAAUAUGCUGAAGUUAUGGCAAUGCGAAAUCGCUGGUCGAAUUGGGUUACAGUAUUUGCGCCCAUGGGCCGAAGCUUUGGCUUGAAUACGGGAAUCCUCAGCGGCAGGGGUGAUCUGCAGGCCUGGUGGUUUGCCCCUAAUAACGGAUCAUACUUUCCCCUGGAUCAAGUUACGCGGGGAUUGAAUCUGACAUUUACCCCUCCAACUGGGGGGACAAUUGACAACGACUGGGUGUUGCUAGUGAAAGGCGGCUGA